AUCUUGGCUAACCAGGCCCUCCGCAUCUCAAAACCCUUCCUUUCUCUUCCCUUUUUGUGUCCUUUACUUCUCCUUUAUUCCCCAUCUCUAUCCACAAAUUUCCCAGUUUCUAAAGAAACCUCUCAAAAUUCCAAGGCCCAUCAGUCCUAUAAAUUAAAGCAAGACCCUUUUACAAAACCUCCUCAAAUCAAAACAAAAACCUCUUUCCCUCUCCCCCCUCAAAAAAAAAAAAAAAAAAAACUAAAGGCCACCCCUCUCUCAAUCUUUACAAAAAGAAUACCAAGAUGAAGGAAUAUUGGGGCUCCUUGGCCUCAGUACUUGGUGUUUUGGCCUUUUGUCAAAGUCUCCUUCAAGUAUUGUUUCCACCAGAACUCCGGUUUGCAGCACUCAAGCUCUUCAACCGGAUCUUUAACGUAUUCAAUUCUUAUUGCUACUUUGACAUCACAGAAAUUGAUGGAGUUAACACCAACGAGCUUUACAACGCAGUCCAGCUCUAUCUGAGUUCCUCUGUCUCCAUCUCUGGUAGCCGUUUGAGCCUCACUCGUGCUCUCAAUUCAAGUGCCAUAACUUUUGGCCUAACAAACAAUGACACACUCUUUGACACCUUCAAUGGUGUCAAUGUCCUUUGGGAACAUAUCGUGACUCAAAGGCAAGCACAGACAUUUUCCUGGCGUCCAAUGCCUGAUGAGAAGAGAGGUUUCACUCUACGUAUCAAGAAAAAGGACAAGCCUUUGAUUCUUGAUUCUUAUCUUGAUUACAUUAUGGAGAAAGCCAAUGAUAUAAGGAGGAAAAAUGAGGACAGGCUUUUGUAUACUAAUUCAAGAGGUGGGUCUUUGGAUUCAAGAGGGCAUCCUUGGGAGUCAGUACCAUUUAAGCAUCCAAGUACUUUUGAAACUCUGGCUAUGGACCCUGCCAAGAAAGGUGAGAUCAUGGAAGAUUUGAAAGAUUUUGCAAAUGGUCAAUCUUUUUAUCAAAAGACUGGAAGAGCUUGGAAGAGAGGUUAUUUGCUCUAUGGACCUCCUGGUACUGGUAAAUCUAGCAUGAUUGCUGCUAUGGCUAAUUAUCUUGGUUACGAUAUCUAUGAUCUUGAAUUGACUGAGGUACACAAUAACUCUGAACUUAGAAAACUUUUGAUGAAAACAAGCUCAAAAUCUAUCAUUGUUAUUGAGGAUAUUGAUUGUUCUAUUAAUUUGAGUAAUAGGAAGAAGGGUACUGCUAAUAAUAGUUCAAUUGGGAGGAGUUACUGUGACCCAGAAAUGCGAUCUGGGCCCGGUGCUGGUACUGGUGAUGAAGGGGGGAAUUCAAUAACUUUAUCUGGGUUAUUGAAUUUUACUGAUGGUUUAUGGUCGUGUUGUGGGAGUGAGAGGAUAUUUGUAUUCACUACAAACCACGUUGACAAACUUGAUCCUGCAUUGCUAAGGAGUGGUAGGAUGGACAUGCAUGUUUUCAUGAGUUACUGUUCAUUUCCUGCAUUGAAGAUUUUGUUGAAGAAUUAUUUGGGACGUGACGAGAGUGACUUGGAUGAAGGGGUCUUGAAGGAAUUGGGAGAGGUUAUUGAUAAGGCAGAGAUGACUCCUGCUGAUAUCAGUGAGUUAUUGAUCAAGAACAGGAGAAACAAGGACAAGGCAGUGAUUGAAUUGUUGGAGGCACUGAAGGAGAGGGCAGAGAGGAAAUCGAAGAGUGGAGAAUGUGUUAGAGAGAAGAAUUUGAAUGACGUGGAAGAGGAAGAGCAAGAGAAGAGAGCCUUGGAGAGUCCUAAAGAAGGUUGUGCCUUGGACGAGAGCUGCAAGAAAGAUGAGAAGGAUGAAGAAAAGAAGAUUAAAUGAUAUAGAAAUGAAAGGUUUUUGUUUUUUUCUUCUUUUGUUGCUGCUGCUGCUGCUGCAGGACGGUAAAGAUGAAAAGGAUAUUGGUCUCUGAAGUAUUAUUAUAUCUUCAAAUUUUGUUGGUGCACAAGCAUAAGCCUUGCGGUUGGUUGCUGUGAAGAUUGGAAGUGAAUCUGUACUGGAUAAUAAUAUUAGGUCUCCAAUUUUUUUCAAUGUUUAAUAUAAUUAUCUAUCUUAAUGUUAAUUAAAUAAUGAAACUAGUACCAUAUGAUCAACAGAUAAGCUUAUUUGCAUAUGGUGUGGUGGCUUGGCCAUGUGGGAUUUUCUUAUUUCUUUACAAGGGUCUAGAAUGACAGUCUUUCCUUCUCA